AUGGCUACGCUCCGGUUGGCUCUUCUCCUGCUGGCGGUCCUCCUGACCAUCUUCCUGGCAGAGGCCGCGAACAAGGUAAGGAACGGUCUGAAGAUCUGCUCCAUUGGAUAUUGUCAAGGUUUCUGAUAGAGGUUCUUGUUCGUAGGAGCUCGCCGGAGCGGCCGCCGUCACCGAAGGGCAGUACCACCUGGACAGGGUCCGUUGAUCCAUCAACCUCCUCUCUCUCUCUCUCUCUCUCUCUCUCUCUCUCUCUCUCCCCUUAUGAUUUCUUCGGUUGCUCCACUCGACCCAUCUGUCGUCGGUGGCUGAAUCUCUUCUCAUUCUCUUUCAGGCUGGGGGUUAUGGACGGGGAAGCCUGAAGACAUUCCGUAAGUUCACCUCCCCCCAUCUCUCUCUCUCUCUCUCGCUCACUUUUUCUCUCGACAUACAAUUUUAUACUGUCUAGAUAUCUAAACCCUAAAGCGACUCUCGGUGGCCCAUGUAAAGCUCUCCUUUUUCUCUCUCUCGCGCUCUACCCAUUUGUAAAAGUUACUCUACACUAACAUGUGAAGCCCUUCUGUCUCAUUUUCUUUCCAUCUCGACGCUCUAAGCUACUACAGUCGGUGGCCGGUGCGAAACUCCAUGGCCCGCCUGAAAGCACUCAAUGUCUUUGUCUAAAUCUAGGACCAUCGGUGACCAACCCGCCCACCGGUGGAAGAGAAAACCGGCCGCUCUCUCUCUCUCUAACUCCCUAACCCUGAGCUUUUUUCUCAUUCCUCGUUCGUGGCGGACAGAGUGCGGUGGACAGUGCUCGAGGAGGUGCGCGAGGACGCAAUACAAGAAGCCGUGCCUCUUCUUCUGCAACAAGUGCUGCGCCAAGUGCCUCUGCGUGCCCCCCGGCUUCUACGGCAACAAGGGCCUCUGCCCCUGCUACAACAACUGGAAGACCAAGCGCGGCGGCCCCAAGUGCCCCUGA